CGGCGGCCUCCGACCGGCGCGCACGUGUGUUCCGCGAGUGCAGUGAUUAGUGCGAUGCCCGCCCGCGCGCUGGCCCUCCUCGCCGCCGCGGCCCUGGCGCUCGCGGCCUCCCCGCCCGACCCCUGCUACGAGGACGGCCACCCUCGCCGCUGCAUCCCCGACUUCGUCAACGCCGCCUUCGGGGCCCCUGUCGUUGCUUCUUCCGUUUGCGGCCGCCGGAGCCCCGAGCGUCUUUGCGACCCACCUGGCGACCAGCCUCCCGAUACCGCCUGCCAUGUGUGCGAUACCGCCAGACCCGACCGUCGCCAACCACCGCAACACCUCACCGAUCUAAACAACCCCAACGACGUCACAUGUUGGCGCUCCUCCGCUCUCCCGACCGCUUCCUACGAUUCACCACCCGACAACGUAUCCCUGACCCUCUCCUUGGGCAAGAAGUACGAGCUGACCUACGUCAGUCUCCAGUUCUGCCCGAAGGCGGCUCGGCCCGAUUCCGUCGCGAUAUACAAGAGUGCAGAUUACGGCGUCACUUGGCAACCUUUCCAGUUCUACUCCAGCCAGUGUCGAAGAGUUUAUGGAAGACCAAACAAAGCCACGGUGACGGCGGCUAACGAGCAGGAGGCCAGAUGCUCGGAUUCGCAUCGCCUGGCUGGAGAGAACGCAGCUGGUUCUCGAUUGGCGUUCAGCACCCUGGAAGGUCGUCCGAGUGCCGCGAACUUUGACGUGUCGCCAGUGUUGCAAGAUUGGGUGACGGCUACUGAUGUGAGGGUGGUGUUCAAUCGGUUGCAUAUGGUGAACGAGGGAGAUGAGAUCGAUCCGAAGAAACAGGCGGCCCCGGGUACGCAGCACUACGCUGUUUCGGACUUCGCAGUGGGCGGUAGAUGCAAGUGCAACGGGCACGCUUCUCGGUGCGUGAUGCAGCAGGAGGGUGCUACGCAACAGCUGGUCUGCGACUGCAAGCAUAACACCGCUGGCCGCGACUGCGAGCGCUGCAAGCCAUUCCAUUUCGACAGACCCUGGGGACGCGCCACCGUCAGAGACGCCAACGAAUGCAAAGAAUGCAACUGCAACGGCCAUGCCCGCCGGUGCCGCUUCAACAUGGAACUGUACAAGAUGUCCGGCCGCGAGUCCGGCGGCGUCUGCAUCAAGUGCCGCCACUACACUGCCGGGCGGCACUGCCACUACUGCCGCGAGGGAUACUACCGGGACCCAACCAAACCUAUCUCACACAAAAAGGCGUGCAAACCUUGCGACUGCCACCCGGUGGGCGCUAGUGGCAAGAUCUGCAACCAGACGAGCGGGCAGUGCCCGUGCAAGGACGGCGUCACCGGCACCACCUGCAAUCGCUGCGCUAAAGGCUACCAGCAGUCCAGGAGUCACAUCGCACCAUGUAUACGUAUCCCGCGCGUGGUGACCGCGGUGCAGGCGAUGGAGGCGGUGGACGGGGAGCCGGGCCGCGCGGCGGAUCAGUGCGGACGGUGCCGCGCAGGCGCACGCACUCUAAAUCUCAACAAGUUCUGCAGCCGAGAUUACGUCAUAAUGGGCAGGCUGGUAGGGCGCGAGGCGGGCGCCGCGGACGAGUGGGUGCGUCUGUCGCUGAGCGUGCAGGCGGUGUACAAGCGGGGCCCGCGCUCGCGCCUGCGCCGCGGCACCACCGCGCUCUACGUGCGCCCGCGCGACCUCGCCUGCAAGUGCCCUAAGCUCAAGAUCAACAAAUCGUACCUAAUCCUAGGAGUGGAAAAGGAAGGCUACUCGUCAGGCCUGCCUGGUCUGACAGUGGGGGACAGGACCUUACUUCUGGAGUGGCGCGACGACUGGCAUCGACGCAUACGCCGGCUACAGCGCCGCGCCAUCAACUGCCACUAGCCGCCAUCUUGGAAAACAACGUCCGAUCGCACGGUGCGCGCGGGAAAUUUUCGCGCCAAAUAACUUGAACGACGCCAUAGACAAUCGGGCUUGCGCGCGAAGUAAAAUUACAUAUGCACGAGUCACAUACUACGAAAAUUGUAGUGCUCGAGUUAUUUGCCCGCAGGUAUUUAAACAGUCGACACGAUUCAAAAAACGAAAUUACGCGCAGCCGUGAGAGCAGCCGAUGGGUCCCAUACGUGUUCUUUGUUAUUCGACCGGUAUAUAAAAAUCCGUCUUCAUUCCGUGCAAAAAUAAUAAUAAUUAUGUGAAUCAAGAGUUGUCCGUUUUAACUGUUACUGCCAAUAUACGUGCUGUCUAUAUUAAAAUAAUAAAUCUCAUUAUUAAAGUUUUACUUACAUACUUAUAAAUAAUGUAACGUCACAAAUUAAUAAUUUUAUUAACUUAACACGUCUCGUUUUAUGCCAAAAAUGCAAUGGUUGUUCGUAAUAAUUUAUUAUGAAUUUCCCUUCCUAGGAUUUUAUUACAAAUAUUGUGUAUACAUGAUUAAUUAUUAUUUAUUUGAAUAGAUUAAUUACUCAUAGAUGACGAAGUGUUUCGUUCCAUUAAUUGCAUUUUAUGUGUAAGUGUUAUUUUUAGAUUGGGAAUGCGCAUGUUUAUAUUUGUUUUGUAAGUACCAUUAAUUUUCUCCGGUGACGCCACACGUGUUACAAGUGACAUCACCGAGUGUUUUGACAGAUGUUGGGUGUUGUGUCGAUGAUUGUACAAUUUAGAUAAACUAGGUCAUAACGUAGAUGGUUCAUCUCCACAGAGCAUAGUCACAAUGGUUUUAACAUACCUCAUUUAUUAAUAAAACUUUACUGUUAAGGGUUGCAGUAUAAUUUAUAAUUUUAAUAAAAAUAGUUUCUAGUGUUAGAUUUUCUACGUUUUACGCUAACCGGAAGGAGGAUUUGAAUAUAACAUUAUUAAACUUAACUGAAUCUCUCUAUUUUCGAAUAAUUUUGUAAGUUGAUCUUGCCAAAGUACCAUUGUCGCUAACUGUAGAGAAUAGGUACUUAAUUCUUUUCCUAUCUGCGAAAGAGGAAGUGCAUUUUUCUAGCAGAAUGCGUAGCCGAACUGGAAGUGUGUACAGUAUUAUUAGCUUUACUAAAUUGUAACGUUAUUUGUAAGUGUUUCGUUUUAAAAAAGUGUUCGACCUAUGCAACUCGGACGGGUAAUCAUUGGCAAUUGCACUAUCAAUAUCAAUCAUGUUGUCUCGCUCGGGUACAGUUAGGUGCACAAUGCUUAAUCAAAUUGGUGCACGCUCGUAUGAUUUACUGCCCAUUCACCCGCAAUCAUCGGUAAUACCAGAUACGUCAACUGGACACGAGAUGACAUGGUAAAUUGUCGAAAUGUUUAUUUAUUGCUGUUUUAACUAUAGAUGAGAAAUGUGGUAAUAAACUCUAGCAUAUUCAGUGCGGAACUCGUAUUUACCAAUCAACAACUUAUCACUUAUUAUAAGUAAUUCUACAUUUUCAAUUAAAUUUAUUGAUAAAUAUGUAUUUCGUGCUCUCUACCACUCAUUAUUUUUAUUAUAGACAAUCUGCUUUACUUACUAGUUUAUCCGAGUGAUCGCCGCUUUUUUAAAAUGAAACAAAAAAUCGUAUAGAGAUAAAAAUAAAAACCUAUUUAAAUAACUUAGGAAUUUCGCUUGAUCGUAAUACGGAUUGUAAAAAGUGUAUUUAGUUGUAGAAUCUAUCUAUUAACCUGUUUCUAGUUAUGCAUAUCUUUAGGUUUCGUAAUAAUUAUUAGUAGUUUCUAUAUCGAAUCGUUUUUUGUGCAUUUCAAACUUUAAUUGAUUGCAAAAUAUAUUUUAAUUUUUUAAAAGAAAAAUUAAAUUUAUAUUUUCGUUUAUAAACUAUCGUAGUUCUUUUGCAUUAGAAAUAAUAAGCUCUGCUUAGUUUAUGACUGAAUAGUUGUUGUGACUUUGUUGGAGUUUAUUAAUGUUAUAAUUUCGAAGUCGAGAAAAUAAAUAAUCACAAAAUUACUUACUGUCAGCUUAAUUUUCGUCAACGAGAAAUGGGUACAAUCAAUGCACUGAACAUAUUUUUAAAAGAACACCCAAACGUUGUGUUUCAAUUUAUUUAUAUACCUUAUUUCGUAAAAAAAAUGACACUUAAAUUAAUAUCGCAAAGUAAAAAAAUCUAUACUGCGUACUUUAUCCAAAUUAUUUGAUCUUUUAAUUCUUAAGAUCAAGAUUCUUUACAGCUUUUUUCUCAAACAUUUUCCAUAAAGUCCUCAAUCUUAGUUAGUGUAAAAAAUCUUUUUGAAUGCACAGAAAAUGAUUCAAACAAAAUAUAUCAUCAGAUCGUAAUAAUCAUAGUCAGUUUAUAUUUUAUUAAACAUGUGAAUAUUUUUUAUUAUGAUCGAACCAUACUUAAAGCGUCAUGUCGCAUUAAGUUAUUAUAAAUUUGCAUUUUUUUUAUCUAAUCAGUUUUUAAAGAUAUUCAACUAAAUUAACUGAAGGCUCUAACUUAAUUAAGCAUCCUUUUUAAUGUAAAAUUAAUUUUAUUUAGUUAAAUAAAACGCACAAAGAGGCCUAAUUGCUUCCAGCCAUUUGUUUCAUUUUGAGUAAAAAAUAUAACUUUCCUUUUCCUCGUGACAGUACUGUUUCACAAAAAUAAGUAUCAAUUAAUUCGAGCGAUAAAUAUAUUUUGUAGUGUAUAAUUAUUUAUAUUUGUAAGGGAUUUGUCAAUUGAGGCAUAUUUUUUCUGCCGAAUCAUAGACAACGGUGUUCCCUCGCCGGUUUGUCUUGUCUAUGGUUCCCGGAAAAACGCGUUGGUGGCGUAUUUGCUAUGAACUUGAUUGUGUUUUUAUGAUACCCUGCUCCUGUGAUGUAAUAAAUGUUAUUGGUUAUAUUUAUUUAAAAAUAAAAGUACAUUAAUAUACGGA